AAAAUCAAACACUGAGAGGGAAGAGAGAGAUAUGGAAGAAAAAUCUCUUUAAUAUAAUCUAAUCUAUUGUCUUGCCUUAUCGCUAGGUCUUCUAUAGCGAGCGUCAUAACUAGCUUUCCACCAUUUUCAAAAUACUUCUUUUUCUCGCGACAAAGAAAACUAGACUCUUUUUCAGCCACGUCUCCACCCCCAGAAACGGUGCCGCUGCGGGUUCGACCGGCCACGCCUUCCAGCUCCGCCCCUUCGUCUUGAUCCUCCGCCUCAUCAACAUGUCAAACCGAAUUCUUUGACGGUUAUAACAUGCCCUUAUUCUUGCUUAGUUUCACCUCCAUCAUUCCAUGCUUUAAUUGGCCAUAAAUAUUAGUUCCCAUUUCCCUAGAACAAUACCUGCAGGCCAUGCUUAGGAACUUAGGGUUUCAAUUUCUUCCUUUCAUCAGUUCUUAAUUUAGUUUGCUUAGGGUUUUCGGUGCUUAAAUUAUAGCUGAAACAAUCAGUUGUAGGUCGUUGAGUUGGAAAUGGAGGAAUACAAUAAUAGUAAUGAAAUGGAUCAUGAGAAUCAAGGCACUCCUAGAGGAAAUUUCCUCUACGCUUCUUCAAAUCUUGGAGGCAACUAUGGUAGAGCUGCUGCUGCUGCAGGUGAUCAUAAUCAGCAGAUCAACACCUUUCAUCUUCAAUCAAGCGGUGGCGAGUGUUUUUCGUCAACACAACCAACCGUGAAGACCGAAGCAGCCGGUAGUACUUCCCAGCAUGCUCAUCACCACCACCACAAAUUUCAUCAUCCUCAGUUUUCUCCUCCUUCAUUAAUAUUGUCAAGAGGGCACAAUGAUCAGAUACCGGUUCAGCAGCAGCAGCACAUAGAAAACGAGAAUGAAGUAGAGGCCAUCAAAGCUAAGAUCAUUGCUCACCCUCACUACUCUAACCUCUUGCAAGCUUACAUGGAUUGCCAAAGGGUGGGAGCUCCUUCUGAAGUUGUGGCUCGUCUCUCAGCUGCGCGCCAAGAGUUUGAAGCACGACAGCGAUCUUCAGUCAGUUCGAGAGAUGCUUCUUCAAAAGACCCCGAACUCGAUCAGUUCAUGGAAGCUUACUAUGAUAUGCUGGUUAAGUAUCGGGAGGAACUAACAAGGCCCAUACAAGAAGCAAUGGAUUUCAUGAGGAAGAUUGAAACUCAGCUUAACAUGCUUGGCAAUAAUAGCAACACUACUCCUCUGCGCAUCUUCUCGGCCUCUGCACUAGAGGACAAGUGUGACGGAAAUGGUUCAUCUGAAGAGGACCAAGACAACAACAGCGGUGGAGAAACAGAAGUAGCCGAGAUUGAUCCGAGAGCUGAAGACAGAGAGCUUAAGAACCACCUGUUAAGAAAGUACAGUGGUUACUUGAGUAGCCUCAAGCAAGAGCUUUCCAAGAAAAAGAAGAAAGGAAAAUUACCCAAAGACGCCCGGCAGAAGCUUCUCAGUUGGUGGGAGUUGCAUUACAAGUGGCCAUAUCCUUCGGAAUCAGAGAAGGUGGCAUUGGCAGAGUCAACAGGUUUGGAUCAGAAGCAGAUAAACAACUGGUUCAUAAAUCAAAGGAAGAGGCACUGGAAACCAUCGGAGGACAUGCAGUUCAUGGUGAUGGAUGGGUUGCAUCCACAGAAUGCAGCAGCCCUCUAUAUGGAUGGCCACUACAUUGGUGAUGGUCACUACCGUCUCGGUCCCUAAUUCAUCACAUUAAGCAAUAUUUAAGUUAAUUUGGCCUCCCUGUUCCUGUUUGAUUACUUAUUCAUGUGACUGCUCAAGCAGUACAUGAAAUUAAUCUAGUUGGGCGAGCUUAUAUAUAUAGUUUGGUAUCCAAAGACCGAAGCAAACUGCAAAGUCUGCGAGUCAUAGUUUGUGAUUGCUAUCGCUACAGUUGGGUGGGUAAUGUUUUACAUGCAUUGUCAAUCUGAUAAGAUAUGUAUAUUUUUCUGUUGAUCAUUA